AUGGUCGUGCGCAGAGUCGAGCAAUGGGAACUCUACACGGAUUUCUUCAAAACACAACGACGCUUUCUUGAAGAGAAUACCGAUCUGCGCCUCCUGGAAGGCAUCAUGAGCAACAUUUGUGACGGAGUCGCGACUGUAAAUGUCGAGUACGAGGAGGCCACCGAGUUCGCCCCAAUCAUGUGCGGAGACGAGCUCUACGAUCUCUUUGCUGCCAUAAACGCAAUCGACAUGCCAAGGGUCUCGCAAUCUACACGCCUGUGUGACAUGGUCCAGAAGGCCGGCAACGCGGUGGGAUUGGUACGGAUAAAUUAG